UCGCUUCGCUUCUGCUGAUUGUUGUCGUUACGCGUGCUCAGCGUGCUCAACUAGAAGCCGGCGUUAUAGGGUUUUUUUUCUGAAAAUUGUGUGAAACCGCAAGAAGAAGAUCGUUUUGCUCAAGUCCUAAACGUCGUCAACAGCAACAAUGACGACGCCAACACAAACAGUCCAUUGCCAGUUGUGGAUGGGAGGAUUGGAGCCUUACAUGAAUGAGACCUUUAUUAUGGAGGCCUUCCGACGUAUGGGUGAGCCUGCAACUGGUGUCAUUCACAAGAAAAAUAAGUUCACAGGUGAUCCAGCUGGAUAUUGCUUCGUCCAGUUCCCAACAGAUGAAAUGGCAUUGAAUGCCAUGCACAAAUUAAAUGGAAAAGUGGUUCCUAAUACAAACCCACCAGUUAGAUUCCGCCUCAAUCAUGCUGGCGGUGGAGCAACAAGGCCUAGUCAAGACAAGGAAUACUCAUUGUGGGUCGGAGAUCUUACCCCAGAAGUUGAUGAUUAUACACUAUACAAGGCAUUUGCUGCUCGCUACCCUUCUAUAAGAACUGCAAAAGUGAUUUUGGAUACGAGUGGAUAUAGCAGAGGUUAUGGCUUCGUACGGUUUGCUUCUGAGGAAGAACAAAAGAAUUGUCUGAUUGCUAUGAAUGGAUAUAAAGGCUUGGGUGGGAAGCCACUCAAGAUUAGCAAUGCUGUUGCUAAAACUGCAAAAUUCAAUGCCACUCCUUCACAAGGAACCACUGCUAGUACCACUACCACUACCACCCCUCAGACACCCACCGCAACUACAGCACAGCAUGCUGGUUACACAGGUGUGAGUCAAGAUUAUAGUCAGGGGUACUAUGAUCCAUCAUAUUGGCAGAAUUAUUCAGCAUGGCAGGGGUACUAUGAUCAGACUGCCACUGAUCCUAAUGCAAUGGCAGCUUAUGCCGAUCCAUCAAUGCAAGACCCUUCUCAAGCAGGUGUGGUGCAAGAAGCGCAGGCACCUGUUGAAGAUGAGUUAGAACUUAUUGAACACAACGUGCCUGUAGAUGUUGAGAAAUUGAAUCGAGAAUUGUGUGAACAAGAUUAUAACAUGUGGGAUGCUCUGGAAAGUUCUCGCUGGCUUCCUCUGGAUUCCUUAGGUCUAGAAUGCCCUUCAUGAUAUUGUAUAGUGUGACUGUAUUCAUGCUUGGCCCCUGUGCACAUUGGUGUCAUCACAUUGUUUAUAUUCUUGUAACAUGUCUUGCUGUAAAUUUUAACACUCAACUCCAUGUAUUUUCAAUGCAGGUAGUAAAAUUAAAUCAUAUGAAUUCCAAACUUAAAA